AUACGGCCUCCAGCUGGGAAAACAAAAUGAGCAUCGCCGUCCGACGUAUCUGUGUGCAGCCACCGCUCCAUGAAAGUGAAAAGGAUGUUGCAGCAAGCUCUCCGAGUGUCCGUCCGCAACGCCUUCCCGCUGGUGAAGUGGAUGGAGAGGUGGUCCGAGGGCGCAGCAGCGGUCAGUCCGCCGGGCUGCAGCCGACAGGCGGUCAGGACGCUGGACGACAUGCCCGGACCCACGGUCUCCAGCUUCGUCUGGGACUUGUUUGCAAAGAAGGGUCUGACUCGUCUGCACGAGUUACAGGUGGAUGGACUCCACCGAUAUGGUCCCAUGUGGAAGGCGAGCUUUGGCCCCAUCCUGACUGUCCACGUGGCCGAUCCAGCGCUCAUAGAGCAGGUCCUGAGGCAGGAGGGCCAGCAUCCCAUGCGCUCCAACAUCUCCUCCUGGAAGGACUACAGGAAGCUCAGGGGAUACCACUGUGGACUCUUGACAUCCGAGGGCAAAGAGUGGCAGGCGGUGAGAAGUCUCCUGGGGAAGCACAUGCUGCGGCCGAAGGCAGUGGAGGUUUACGACAAAACCCUGAACAGUGUUGUCACUGACCUGAUCACCAAGCUUCGCCUACGCAGAAACUCUCAGGGCCUGGUCACCGACGUCGCCAGCGAGUUCUAUCGCUUCGGCUUGGAGGGUAUUUCGUCGGUGCUGUUUGAUUCCAGAAUCGGUUGCUUGGAUGCGGUUGUUCCCAAGGAGACGGAGCGUUUCAUCCAGUCCAUUAACACCAUGUUCGUGAUGACCCUUCUCACCAUGGUCAUGCCCAACUGGAUGCACCAGCUGUUCCCCAAACCCUGGAACACCUUUUGUCAGUGCUGGGACUACAUGUUUGAUUUUGCUAAAGGUCACAUCGACCAGCGCCUGGCGGAAGAAGCCCAGAAGGUCGCCAGAGGAGAGAAGGUGGAGGGUCGAUACCUCACCUACUUCCUCUCUCAGACGGGAAUGCCCAUGAAGACCGUCUACAGCAACGUGACCGAGCUGCUUCUCGCCGGAGUUGACACAAUUUCCAGCACCUUGUCCUGGUCUUUAUAUGAGCUGUCCCGUCACCCGGAGGUCCAAGCUGCGGUCAGAGAGGAGGUUCUGACUGUACUGGGGGGUCGGAGGGUACCUGAAGCUGCAGAUGUGGCCUGCAUGCCUCUCCUGAAGAACACGGUCAAAGAGGUUCUCAGGUUAUAUCCCGUCAUUCCUGCUAACGCAAGAGUCGUUCCUGAUAAAGACAUCCAGGUUGGAGGCUACCUCAUUCCUAAAAAUACUUUGAUCACCUUGUGUCAGUUUGCAACGUCCCGGGAUCCUGCAGUUUUCUCGAAUCCAAACGACUUCUAUCCCUAUCGCUGGUUCAACAAGGACCGGUCUCACCACCCGUACGCCUCCAUUCCCUUCGGCGUGGGAAAGCGUAGCUGCAUCGGGCGCCGCAUCGCAGAGCUGGAGCUCUACCUUGCUCUCUCUCGGAUCCUGAUAGAGUUCAAUGUAAAGCCUGAUCCUGAGGGAGUUUCAGUGAAGCCCAAGACACGGACACUUCUAGUUCCAGAAAAUGCCAUUAGCCUCCAGUUCAUUGAGCAAUGACCUGCUCUACUUUUUUUUUUACAUUAGUAAACAUGAGUCGUCCUCCCCCCUCCUCCUCCUCCUCCACCGCCAUCACCCCUAACCCACAUACACGGGAAUGGGAGAGAGCUAGCAGGAUUCGUUAUCACAGGGACCAGGAGGUUGCUCCACGCGGCGGUUCGUGUUGGAGCGGGUCUUCAACCUUUGACACCGAAACACAGAGCCUUCCUCACCUGCAGCUCAGAGCGCCAGGGGGCCUACGUGGGAGAGAAGACGAAGCUCAUGGAGGUCUUUCCUUGGCGAGGUGUGACCACAGAUCAAACAAGUGAUCGCCGUUCCCACUUAAGCCACCAUGAGUCCAACCAGAACCUGUUAUUUUCUUGAAUCUGCAACAACACAGCUGUGUUUAAAGCAGGUGAAUUAUUUUGCACUUUUUAAACAUGCAUCAUCAUAAAGUUACUGUCAGAUUCAAAGAGCAUGUUCGUAUAUGCACUCAUCUUAAGAAAAAGCCUCAAACUGGUGCAUGGGAAAUGCUGUUUCUCAUUCUGGAAAGCUGUGGAGAUUUAAACAUGCUAACAGGUGCAAACGGGGGAGAAAAUCCUACUAAAAGUACUUUUUCUAAAAGGCAGCUUUUGUGAACGUACCUGUGCAGGAUGACAUGGUGCUACUGAAUUUCCACACACCGGUACGCUCUUAUUUUGUUUUCUAUUCAACCAAGAGUUCGUCUGCAUUUGUUUUCUUUUUCUGUUUUUAAUGUUGAAGUUACUGUUGGUGAUGCUGCGCUUUCUUAAAGAUGUAAAAAUGUAAACAUGUAUUUAUUUUCAUGUAGCACAACCUGAAGCUGUUACUGUAAAUACAUUUUGCCUUGCUUAGGAAAAGUUGUCCUCUUAAACUCUGAUGUGGUGUUACAGAUUAGUUCUUAAGCCGAUCAAACCAGUUUCUUAUUUCCUGAAGUUUGAUACAGAUUAUUUAUGACUAUUAGCAUUAACAGGAAGCACAAUGAUGCCAGGCCUCUUGUAUAAUGUGACCAAGUUGGACGCUGUGGUUUUCACCAGCUUUCUGCUGUGGACUGAAUGAAAGACCCCUGAAGACGAGUGUGUCUCACUCUUAUUUAGACAUGAACGCCAUACAAAGCUCAUGAAAAAAGGAACUUGCAUUCAUUCUGAGCACAAUCUAAAUCUAAAGCAGGAUAAAGGUGAUUCAUGUUUCUGUCAUUGUUCCUAAAAUAGACAUAUUCCACAAUAGGAAACAAACAUCCAACAAAUCAGCAAAGAUAUUUUGAAUGUUUGUUAUUUUAAUAGUAAAGUAACACCAUCGCUAAUAAUGGUUAUUUUAUAGAUUUGUGUAUACUUUAUUAUUUCUGAUUGGCUUAAUGAACUGUGAAUUGGAAUGUUUAUUAUGUGAAGUGCCUUGAGACGACUCUUGUUGUGAUUUGGCGCUAUAUAAAUAAACUUGAAUUGAAUUGAAUUAUAGGAAAACUAGUUCAGAUAUUUGCAAUCUUAAUUUUAGGCAGAGGAAUGCAGCUGUGGAUAGGUGGUGAUGAAACCCCAGUACAAAACUAUAAGAAUGAUGACAUCGUUUAUACUGUGAGUGACAUUUAAGGUGCUUGUAAAUACAAGAAAUGGAGUUCUCUGUGGCUCAUUUUACAAAGAAACAAUUAAAUUAUAUGUAACAAAUAUGCAGUUUAUCAUUUAAGUGUCAAAACAGUCAUUUAGAUUUUUUUUUCAGAAUUUUUAAAUAGCUGUUGAGAUUCAUUUUCAGAUCAAUUGAAUAUUUGUUUGCACUUGUUGUAAUACCAUGUGUUAAAUUUGUAUUCUAAUUAAAAAUGUAAUUUAAAAUUGAA